AUGGCGACCAACGAUGAAACCACUCGCAUCCGAUCCCAGAUCGAGGCCCAGGAGUCACUCAUCUCUAGCAUAUGCCGGAUUGGAGGAGCCCCAAGCCUCUCUCUCGGAGUGAUUCAUGGCGGCAAGGAGAUAUAUUCCAACCACUUCGGACAUCGCGAUAUCCAAGCUGGCGAAGCGAGCGACGGCAAUACGACCUAUUUCGUCGGAUCCAUAACCAAAGCAAUGGUAUCAGCCUUGACGGGUAUAUACGUCGAGAAAGCCUUGUUAGAUUGGACGACGCCGGUCUCUCACAUUCUCCCAGAGCUUGUCGGGAAAAUGGAUGGCAGAGGGGGUAUUGAUACUUGGUCUGCUCAACCCCUCGUGCGGGAUUUCCGGACGGAUUACUUGUACAACAACUUUGGAUACGAGAUCACCUGUCGAGUAAUUGAGAAAGUGACUGGCAAGACCCUUGGCACGAAUCUCAAGGAGCAGAUCUAUGAGCCCCUCGGCAUGAGUCGCACAUCUCUCAAUGAGGCAUUUCCAAGCGAUUCAAACUUCGCCAAAGCAUACUUCGCCUUAGAUGACGGUUCUCCUUUCGAAUUUCCAAUUCCGACUAUCUCAGACAAGACUUUCAUGUCAGGUGCCGGCUCGGUACGCAGUUGCACGAAUGACAUGAUGCUUUUCUACAAGAACUUCAUGCACGCUACAAAUGAUCAUUGCUUAACAUUCUUCGACCGCACAACCAACUUACCACCCAUCUCCCUCCGCGAGCAAUCCUGCGCCUUGGGCUGGGCCCGCGCAGAGCUUCCAGGCACGCUUGGUGUCUUCAACUACAACAAGUAUCUUGUGCCAGCCAUGCCGGUCAUAGGCCAAGCGGCGGCGUCUAGACUGGUGGUUUAUCAUGGUGGGAGCAUGCAAGGUUUCACAUCAGCGGUGUACCUCCUCCCAGAGACUGAGACUGCUAUAUUCGCCUUGCAGAAUUUGACUGGGCUAUGCGAUCCUUGUGACUGGAUGCCACAACUUCUGAUCGAGACGAUUUUCGGAGCCCCAAAUAUCAGAGUCGAUUUUGAGCAUCUUGCUAAAAUCGCCGCUAAAACGGGUGCAGGCCUCGCAGACCGGAUACAGAGUCAGUUAGAGCAAGCACUCAAGAGUUUUUACAUCAGUGUCUUUAUUCAAGAGGAUGGCGGUCUGUACAUGUGCUUUCAAGAUGUACAGAACGAGACCUACAGACUGCGGCACUAUCAUUAUGAUGUCUUUAUAUGGAACGAAUCCCAUAAUGAAACAGCGAAGCGCGGGAGGUUCCAAACCCGUCCGGUUGUAUCCUACGAAAUCGGUUUCGAGUCGGCCGGUCAGACAGAGGAUGGUAGGAUUGAUCGUCUGCGCUGGAUCUUUGACGAGACUCACCCUACUCCUGGUACUUUCAUACGAGAGACGGAUGUUCAUGGGAGAAUAUGACUUAUGCCAUACUCCGAGUGCUAGGGAAGAUAAAGAAAGCGUAUAGAGAUCUCAACUGGUUCGAAGUACCAAGGUUCAGUUCACUCUGUUCAAGAUGGUUUCAGAUAUGGAAUUAAGCCUUAAUGCUACCAAACGCUCAUUACAUGAUGCGCGGCCCUCGAAUGGAACUUUCCUUACCCGUUGCUCGUAGUCUCAUUCCUUACCUCGUUAGUUAUGAACAUACAAG